AUGCUUGUAGUAGAGAGCAAAGAAGGAGCAAUAGUAUGUAUGUUAAUAGCCUUGUUGUUCUUGGGGACAUGGACAGCUAUUUUAGCCUUACUCGAAAGGCGUGGCCGUCUUCCUCAACAUAGUUAUCUUGAUUACUCCAUUGCCAAUCUUUUAGCUGCUGUGAUCAUUGCUCUUACUCUUGGUCAGAUUGGUGAUGCUAAGCCUGGCAUGCCUAAUUUCUUCACACAACUUUCUCAGGAUAACUGGCCGUGUGUGUUAUUCGCAAUGGCGGGUGGAGUAGUCCUCAGUAUCGGAAAUCUAUCCACGCAAUAUGCUUGGGCAUUAGUAGGGUUAUCAGUGGUAGAGGUGGUAGUUUGUAGCAUUACUGUUGUAAUAGGAACCUCAUUGAACUAUUUCCUUGAUGAUAAAAUUAACAAGGCUGCAGUUCUUUUUCCCGGUGUAGCGGGUUUUCUGAUUGCUGUUAUUUUAGGCUCAUUUGUUCACUCAUCUAAUGCCUCUGAUAACAAAAAGAAACUGAGGCAUCUGUCAACUGGUUUUGAAUACAAAGGUAACAAAAUCAACUUUGACAGUUACAAGGGUGCUUCAAUGGAUCCCGAAAAGGGGAAAGAAUCUAAGGUAGAGGCACAAUUUGGGACUGCAGAAUUCCUCGUCGAACUAGAGAAUAAGAGAUCCAUAAAGGUUUUUGAUAGAAGCAUAUGGCUUGGACUUGCUAUAACUUUCUUUUCCGGAGUGUGCAUCUCUCUAUUCUCUCCAGCAUUGAAUAUAGCAACAAAUGACCAGUUCCAUCUCCUAAAGAAAAGAGUUCCCCAUUUGGUGGUUUACACUGCUUUCUUCUACUUCACGGUCUCUAGUUUCGUGGUUUCUGUUGUUCUUAACAUCAUAUUCCUAUACCACCCUAUCUUAAAAUUGCCAAAGUCAUCGUUUAAGGCCUACCUGAAAGACUCAAAAGGAAGGGGUUGGGCUUUACUUGCAGGGCUUCUCUGUGGUUUUGGGAAUGGCCUUCAGUUCAUGGGAGGUCAGGCUGCUGGUUAUGCUGCAGCUGAUUCUGUUGAGGCACUUCCUCUGGUGAGCACCUUUUGGGCUAUACUAUUCUUCGGCGAGUACAGAAAUUCUUCAAGAAAAACAUAUACAUUGCUAGUUAGCAUGCUGUUGAUGUUUGUUGUGGCUGUUGGUGUCCUCAUGGCAUCUUCGGGACAUAGGAAAUAAUAUAGCUUCGGAAUAUUGUACAAGUACAUGUAUAUAUAAUUUUGCGAUGCACGAUUCUAGUAAAUAUUUUUAUUAAUUUAAGAUUUUUUUAUACGAAGAU